CUAACAUCAUCACUCCUUCGCCUGCCGCAGUCAGCUGCGGACGGAGAGGAAGAAGAGGAGAAGGAAAAACACCACGACGAAGACAGUGUUCCGGGAGCAAGACACAUCGCAAGUUCUGUACAUGACAUCGCCUGAACAUGACAGGAAAUAAAUCCUUCUUCAAGAUAGCUGCAGGGGAGUGGAUGCCCUUUGGAGCGCCAAGACUACAGCUAGACGGGACCUACAAGCUGGUGGGGCCCCUGAGCAACCUGCUGGAGGUACUCGCCCGCUAUAUGGACUUUGAGUAUGUGGUAGUGCCCCCGCCUGACGGUGUGUGGGGCGUCAAGUUACUCAAUGACACCUGGACAGGAAUGAUGGGCCAAAUCCACAAACAGGAGGUGGAUUUCGCCCUGGGUCCCUUCAUUAUAACUAGCCAGAGGGCGACCGUCUGUGAUUUUGUACCUCUUAGUCACGAGAACUGGGCCAUCCUCACCCCUCGACCUGGAUUACAGAGCGACGUUACAGGUGUAGUCAAGCCAUUCACCACACAAGUGUGGUUACUGAUGUUGGCCAGCCUCUUGAGUGUGGGCAUGGCCAUGACCUGUGUGGUAAGGGCUGAGGAUAACAUCUUCGGGAUCCUCACCAACAAUAUCCUCCCCAAGUCUCUUAUGUGGGUCAUCCAGACACUCUCCCAAGAGAGUUCUGAGUGGCUGCCUACAGAAGGACGGAGGCCGCCUCAUAGUGACCACGUGGCUCCUGGCCUCCUUGGUGUUCAUGACCUCCUACGGUGGCAUCCUGACAGCCAUGUUGACGUGCCUCGGGUCACCAUCCCAUAG